AUGCAGAACAGGACUGGUCUAAUUUUCUGUGCCCUCUCCCUCCUCACUGGCUUCCUGAUGAUCUGCUUGGGGGGCUUCUUCAUCUCCAACUCCAUUUUUCACUCUCAGAGGAACCUGGUCAUAGCCUACGUGCUUCUGCCUAUGGGGUUUGUGAUCCUUCUGAGUGGAAUUUUCUGGGCCACUUACCGACAAGCAAAUGAAAACAAAGAGAUGUUCAACCAUGUGCUCAGACAGCACCUUGCUUCUCAGGACCUGCUCCUGACCACAAUAGACAGGCCCAACUUUUACCCCCCGGCUUAUGAAGAAAGCCUGGAUGCUGAGAAACAGACCUGCCCUGCAGGCGGGGGGUUCCUGGAAUUUCCUCCUCCUCCAUACACAGCGACAAGCCUUGAACUUGAAGAUGAAAAUGAGCCACAACCAGAGGCCCCACCGUCCUACCAGGAGAGCACCGCAGGCACGGUGGUUACAGUGAAGGCACAGGAUGCUGUGGGGCCAAGCACAGUGCUGAAGGCAGGGCCUGCUCUCCAGCACUCAGGACUCCCCAGCUGCUGA